AUGGCGACCUCAGUCCUCCAGCCCGAAGAUUGCCGAAGGGAGCACGAACCAAAACACGAGGUCAUCGAUGCGCCGAGGUUAACCGAUGAUGACCGAACGUAUUUACUUGAGGCUAAAGAACGGGAAACCGGUGAACUGCCCGCAGAACUGAGGGAAAAAGCCAGGACUGAACUGAGAGAGGAACCAGCACUUAGGGAACAGGCUUUAGAACAAAUGAGACACUUUAUAGAGAAACAUCCAGCUAUCAAGAAGUGUAGAACUGACACACCAUUCCUCCUCCGUUUUCUCCGAACAAAGAAGUACUCAAUUCCGCAAGCGUGUUCCAUGCUGGAGAGAUACCUCACCAUCCGAGAAAUGUAUCCUCAAUGGUUCAAGAAACUAGACCCUCUGGACCCUAAGAUCGCUGCUGUUAUUGACGCUGGAUACUUGGUACCCUUGCCUAAAAGAGAUGCUGAAGGCAGACGAGUUGUUCUGUCUUGUAUGGGUCGCUUCGAUCCUCAUCAGUUCGACAACUGCGUGAUGGCCCGCGUCCACUCUAUGAUCGUGGAGCUGUUGCUGGACGAGCCACGGUCUCAAGUCCUAGGUUACACCCACGUCAAUGACGAGGCUGGUAUGCAGAUGCCCCAUGUUAGCCUGUGGUCUCUCACUGACGUCAGGGUUAUGCUGAACUGUAUACAGAAUUCAACCCCAAUGAGGCAUAAACGUACCCACUUCGUAAACAUUCCACACUACGGAGUUAAGUUCUUCGAGUUCGCCGUCUCUUUGCUCAGUGAUAAACUGAAGGACCGUGUGAUGUUCCACAGAACCAGUGAAGAUUUAAUGAAGCAUGUUGAUCCAUCGGUCUUGCCCAAAGAAUACGGUGGUACUGUGCCUCUCAAAGACAUGAUUGAAGAACUAAAACGCAACCUCCUGAAACACAGAGAAGCUUUGCUAGCUUUAGAUGAUAUGUCAGUAGAUUUACACGCGCUGGAGAAGAAUGAUCUAACUCAAGACAUACAUUCAACGGCAGGAUCUUUCAGAAAACUUGAAUUAGAUUAA